GCUGAACCCUUGCAAAAUUUAAAACACCAGCAUAUGCAAACUUUUCCAAAUCAUAUACCCAUACAAUUUGUUAAUAAUACUACUCAUCAUCAUCAGGAUAAUAGAACCCAUCUUCAUCAGAACAAGAAUCGAGACAGAAGUUAUCAAUAAGUAGCGUCGCAUGAUCAUGUUCUAUUGAAAAACAUACACUUCUGAAAAUAAUGAUUUUUACUUCAGAAGUGUAUGUUUUUCAAUAGAACAUGAUCAUGCGACACAACUUAUCGACAAAUGGACCUAGUUUCCAGCUUAAAUGAGAAACAUUCAAGUCUUCCUUAGUCUCCAGCUUAAAUGAGUUAACAUUACCAAUUCUCGUCCUUCCAACAGCAAUACUUUCACAGAGAAAGAGGUUAUGAAUUGGCUUUAGCAAGUUACAAGCUCUAAGGUUUCAUUAUCCAAAAUUGAAGCUAAAAAUACCCCAAAAAAUGUUUGCUUCUUUCAAUAAUAAUAAUAAAAAACAAACACAAGUUCAGAAAAGAAACAACUAUAUUUAUUCUAAUUUGGUUCGCAAAGCAACAAAAAUAGAUCUCUUCUCAUAAUAAAGUUCAAUCAUCCAAGAUUGAAGCCAAAUACCUACAAAAUUUACAGCUUUCUCAACAGGUCACAGAUACAACAACCAAAAUGAGUUCAUAUUUGGCUGAGGCAUUGGCCAUCCAUCCUCUUUCUUCGAUAAUAUCUAAAUUAUUAAAUAUAUCUUAUUUUUUUAAUAAGAAAGAGUGUUAAUUUUCUCUCUAGCGAUUGUUUGGAUAAUUCCACUAGAUUGUCUGGAUCUACUGAGAGCAGCGUCAACAGCUGAGGAUUUCUUGUUAAGAAAGGUCUUCGUAUUUCUUUCCUUCCAGUAGACCAACGAAACUGCGGCGAUCAACAUGAAACAGUUGAUUGGAGGUUCUUCGACAGGUGACUUCUUCUCCAAGUCGAAGAUGGCGGCAAAUUGCCUUCCAAAUCUCCAUGACAAACAGGCAUUGAAUGAGGACAUGAUCAAUAGAUUCGGCAGGAUCUCACAGAGGAGGGAAAUACUUGUUGAGUUUUCUAUUGAGAUUAUAUUCGGUAUGGAGUUUAUGCUUCAAGCAGAGCCAGAGGAAAUACUUAAUUUUCAAAGGCACCGGGGGCGGCUUCCAAAGCGAAUCAGCACGACAGUCUUUGAAACUUCUUUUGUUCCUAUGAAUCAUUAUUUUGGGUCGAAGGAACGGGGUUCCAAGGGUUGAAUUCUCCAGUAACAAAAGCCUUGGUUCCAUUCUUUGUGUUGGGUCACAUUUGAUGAUUCUGUACGAAAGGAGAAGCCUGAAUCAUGGCGCUUCAAAUUCUUUUUUGCCUCAAGGCGCAAUCAACAUAUCUUUUACGAUCCCAUUUUGUGGACUUGAACUCAGGUGUGGAAGGACUCCCGACAGAUUAGAAUUUAGGUAAAAAUUAUGAGGACCCAUGCAAACAUUUAUUUAGUCCCACAUCAGUUAUUCGUGGAAUAGAUCUUGGAUGCUUAUACAGGAUCAAUGAACCCAAAUAAUACCUUCUAGCUAGCUAUUUUGGAUGAGUUUCUGAAUUGUAACAAAUGGUAUCAGAGCGAACCCGAUUUAUAACCUAUGUAGAGUAUAAGACACUGCGGGGCGUAUAUUUAGUCCCAUGUCGGUUAUUCGUUAGAAUCGAAAUAAUAGCUUUCGGUUAGUUUUUUUUAGAUGAAGUUCUGAUUGUUACAAAGAUUGUUGGAAAAAAAUUCGGAUUAAAAAUAACAAUAGCAAUAAAAAGAGUAGAACUAUUUUUCGGUGCUUGUUAUUUGCAGGUUGUGGGUAAUAUAUAACAAAACCAAGCAGCAUAUCCGUUCCCACGGUAUCCUGUCACUGCUCUCAGCUAUCGAGGUUUUGGAGGGGACGAAGAAGGGCUGGUGGUUGAAAAGGUUGGAAGAAAAGAGCUUAUAAUAAUAUACGGGAUAAGAUAAUCGGUUGAAGGGGGAGGGAUUGCUUCUAGAAAGCGGGACAAGGCGACAAGUCGUGUGGAGACAAAGUGAUGAUUCCCAGCUCUUUCCUUCCCUCUUUGUUCUUGGUCGACUGCCUCACGGCAUCUUUUGAAACAUUCUAAUUCCAACCACUUCUCUCACUCCUCAAGGGAGCCCCUCAUUAAAACCAAGACCAUAGGAAAACGUAGAACAAAACAACGAGAAGAAAACGCCACCCACCGUCUCAACCUCGGAAUCCAAGAGGAAUAUCGAUCCAAAGACAAGAAGAAAAAGAAAUAUCAAGGCAAGAAGAUAUCCUUCAUUCAAAAGAGCCUUUAUUUUAUAUAUAUGCCCAAGAAGGCAAAGCCAAGUCCUUCCUCUCUUCCUUUGGUGACACAAAGGAAUUUUCCAUAUAUCUCCUUUCUCCACUUCCCUUACAAUUCUAAUUACUCCUUCCAUUGCCAUCUCUUGCACCCUCUCUCCUCUUGUGCAUCUGCAUCCGCAACUCACAGAGAAACAGAGAGAGAGAGAGAGAAUGCAAGAAGAUAUUGGAGAGGAGAUGCCAGGUCUUGACUUGGGAAUUGGCAGCACUUGGUGUUCGAGCACUGCAGAGAAGAGGAAGCAGAGAAGAGGAGAAUCUAAUAGUAUGGCAUGCGGUACCUUAAUGCAAGACGUCUUAGAUAAGAAGUUCUUUGGGUUGCUUCAAGCAAGGGAGAGGAUGUUAAGAGCAGACCCCAGAAGGAAUGGUUUGGAGGAUGGAAAUCGUCUGCAACUGACUCAUUUGCUUCUCGUGGCUGCCACCGCAGCUGACGCAAACGAUAUAAGCUCAGCCGUUGAUGCCUUGCAUGAGUUGUACGAUCGUGUCUCGUUGCAUGGUGAUCCAAUCCAACGGGUCGCAGCUUACUUCAUAGAUGGCUUGGCCGCCAGACUUUUAACAGGAAGGUCUCCAUUCUACCGAACGAUCAUGGCCCACCCCACGCCAGAAGAAGAAUUUUCAGCCUUUACCCAACUCUACCAGGCUUCCCCGUACUACCAGUUUGCUCAUUUCACUGCUAACCAAGCAAUAAUUGAGGCCUUUGAAAAGGAAGAGAUGAAGAAUGGAAGAAGGCUACAUGUCGUAGAUUUCGAUGUCUCGUAUGGAUUCCAAUGGCCUUCUUUAAUCCAGUCGCUAUCUGAUAAGGCCACAGGCAGCAAGCCCAUCUCUCUUCGAAUUAUGGGAUUUGGUAGAAGCAUUGAGGAACUCAAGGAAACCGAAACGAGGCUUGCCAAUUUCACCAAGGGCUGUCGCAACCUGAUUUUCGAAUUUGAAGGGCUGCUGACAGGUUCGAAAAGCAGUGAUUUUAAGAUCGAAAAGGAUGCGACGCUUGUCGUGAACCUGGUUUUUUACCUGCAAAACUUGAGAAGCUCUUCGGAGGUAUAUGAUACAUUGAUGGCUAUCCACUCGCUGAAUCCAUCUGUGGUGGUUCUGGUAGGGAAAGAAGGUAGCCAAAGCCCACAAAGCUUCUUAUCGAGAUUUACGGAGUCUUUACAUUAUUAUGCAGCCAUGUUCGACUCGUUGAAUGACUGCCUCCCGUCUGGGAGCGUAGAGAGGCUGAGCAUUGAGAAGAACCAUCUGGGCAGAGAGAUCAAGACUGCCAUGACUAACGAGGAGAAGGAAGAGGAGAAGCAUUUGAUGUCCGAGAGGUUGGAUACAUGGAAGAGAAAGAUGGAGAGCUUCGGUUUCGAAGAAAUAAAGUUGAGUUCGACGUCUGUGAGCCAAGCAAAGCUGCUCUUGAAGAUCAAGAGCCACUGUUCAAGUCUAGGACAUGAUGGUGGCGCCGGUGGGUUUCGAAUUUCUGAGAGAGAUGAAGGGCGUGCAAUAUCUUUAGGAUGGCAAGAUAGGCUUCUAACAACAGUUUCUGCAUGGCACUGCAUACGGUCACCUAAUCACUCACCUGGAUGCAGUUUGUAGAUGGUUAAACAUCUCCACCCUCUACUCUUUAAGUAUUGAUUGGUAUUUGGUUAUUUCUAUCCCUCAAUGUAGAUUUUUCAAAGAAAGAUUAUCCCAGUCCUAUACAAUAUCACGGAUCUCAAUUGUCCAAAGCAUCAAUGAAACAACUGGAUAUAUUUUUGAUUUC